CUCCCCCUCCCCCUCUACAGGUACGUCCACGCCUCUACCUGGCGCCCAGAGCCGUUGGCACGGCAAACGUGGUCACUUCCACUGGAGGUUGAUGUUUGAGUUGCUGACAUCACAAUGCUGAGGGCUGCUGGAGGCCUUCCUGAAGAGCGCUCCUCAGCUGGUUUACAACUCAGCAUCAUGAUACAUGCCAACCGGGUCCUGCCACUGCAGGGUCUCUCUGCUUCAGCCUCAUUGGUCUCUCUGGCCUGGAUGAUAGCAUCCUACCAGAAGACUCUGAGGGACUCCAGAGAUGACAAGCUGCCGAUGUCCUACAAGGCUGUGAUUGUUCAGAUGCUGUGGCACUUCUUCACCAUCGGGGCCAGGACCAUCGCCUUCGCCCUGUUCGCCUCCGUGUUCCAGCUCUACUUCGGUAUCUUCGUCGUGAGCCACUGGUGCAUCAUGACGUUCUGGACCAUCCAGGGGGAGACAGACUUCUGCAUGUCCAAGUGGGAGGAGAUCAUCUAUAACAUGGUAGUGGGCAUCAUCUAURUCUUCUGCUGGUUCAACGUCAAGGAGGGCCGCGCCCGUUUCAGGAUGUGGCUCUAUUACUCAGUGACUCUGGUAGAGAACGUGUCYCUCACCRCGGCGUGGUACCUUUACCGCGGGCCGAACACCUCAGACUUUUACGCCCUCAUCGUGGUGUGUGUUGUGGUUUGUAGCUACGCUCUGGGRACCUUMUUCAUGUUGGUGUAUUAUUGUCUCCUGCACCCUGACGGGCCGGUGUCCGGGGCUCAGUGGAGGGGGUGUGUGGAGGAGGGGGGGGUGAUGGUGGAGUCCUGUGUGACCCCAGCCGAUGCGUCCCCCCUCCCGCCUUCGGACGUGGUCACCAGCCCCCCUAGGACCCUAAGUAGGACUGCAGGUGCGGACCGGGGCGAGGUGGUACCAGGAGAUCUAGCUGUGUUCCAGGUUAGAUCCACCUCACCGGCCUUGGCCCUCCGGACCCCUGGGACAGAGGGGCCAGUGAUCCGGAUAGACCUGCCCAGAAAGAGGUACCCUGCCUGGGACGCUCACUUCAUCGACAGGCGGCUGCGGAAGACCAUCCUGGUCCUGGAGAACACGUCUCCGGUGACGCCCAGGAUCCAGUACCGCAGCCUGAGGAACCCCAAGGAGGUUACGGAGUAUGAGACUACCGUGUAAUGUACUGUAACGUAGCUGCGCUACCUCCACCCCACCAGCAGGGGGCUCCACCAAUUCAAGUGCAGGGAGAGAACCAUAGUCCUCAACUCUUAUCCUCUUGUGUAAGUAAAUGAAAGGGUGCUUGGAGCCAACAGUUCACCCGACAGACCCUGCUCCCUCUGUGGGAAGGGGGAGACCGGGGGACUGAGGAGAGCCGAGGAGGCCAGGUGCGGUACUUCUGUCUGGAGGACUUUGUCCUGCUGUAAGACAGCUGUCAGGAGUUACAGGUCAGGUGUACCUGGGAAUCAGACGAGUCAGUAAGUGUACCUGUGUAUGACCAGUUGCCGGGUAACACUUCCUGUGUGUACUGCAGGAGCCAAUCCGAGGUCAGAGGUGAGAGGUCAAAGGUCAUCUAACUAAGACGUGACCUCACCGGGCACUACAGGAGACACAGCACUUCCAGCCUUCAAAAUGCGGACUCAUCGUUGUGUAUUGAAACAGACCCAGAAUCAAAAGGGGGGCUUAGCUGGGACAUGGGUCUCCCAGCACUGAAACAACACUGGAGAGAUAAACGAUAACGAUACCAUAAUCAAUGAUAGGGGACUGUAGUGAUGAGGAUGAGGAGGAUGGUGAUGGUGAUGGUGAU